AGAACCAAUCAUGGCGACCUGGAGGCAGGAUUCCAUAGGGGUUAAAGAUCGGAAGGAAGUUACCGGGACUUCCGGUAGCCCUCUUGGGUAGGAGUUAUGGCUAAACAUCAUCCCGAUUUGAUCUUCUGCCGCAAGCAGGCUGGUGUUGCCAUCGGAAGACUGUGUGAAAAAUGUGAUGGCAAAUGUGUAAUCUGUGACUCCUAUGUGCGUCCCUGCACCCUGGUGCGAAUAUGUGAUGAGUGUAAUUACGGAUCUUACCAGGGGCGCUGUGUGAUCUGUGGAGGCCCAGGAGUCUCUGAUGCCUAUUACUGCAAGGAGUGCACCAUCCAGGAGAAGGAUAGAGAUGGUUGCCCAAAGAUUGUCAACUUGGGGAGCUCUAAGACAGACCUCUUCUAUGAACGCAAAAAGUAUGGCUUCAAGAAGAGGUGAUUGGCAGGUGGCCCCUGCCUCCCCCAUCAAGCCGCUGCAGCUGCCAGAAAAGACACCCACAACCUCCGCAGAGAGAGCUGGGCCAGCGCCUCCCCAUUCCUGCCUGCCAGUGUCUGCAGACUCCCCCUUCCCCUCCCCUCUCCCCAGUGUGGGCUGGGUGGGCUUGGAAGAGGAUUCUUCCCAGAGCACCCUGGCUACCCGGGAAAAACCGAUAGAUGAGUUCGUUCAUGUUUUUUCUUAACUCUGGAGAAGCAAGGCUCUGUUCUCCACAUUGAUGUGUUCUCUACUCCAAGAGCUUCUUAGCAGGAGUCCCUUUCAGUCAUGUGAUGGGGGCCGGCAGACCGAAGCUGUCCCCCUGGUGCCCAGCAUGUCCCUCAGCAGCUCCGAUGACAUUUGUCUUUGAUGGCCCUUUGGGGUGUGGCAGGGAGCUAUCAGAACAGCAAAGGUGACACAAGCAUUCGAUCCUGUAACACCGUGUGGUGCGGAUUUCAGUUAUUUUUCUUCUGAGACGUUGGAAACCCUUUCUGUUGCUAUUAAUAAAGUUGGUGUUUAUUUUCUGGUA